UUGUUUCAAUUAACUGCAGCGAUUCUUGCAACCUGCAACCAAACCCCGUUUAUUUUACACUCCCAAAAAAAGGGGUUGCCUUGGUGACGAAUUCGAUGGACGGGGUCAACACCCACCGGAAACCGUUUCAGCACCAGUAGAAACGGGAAAGGGGAGAACAACCAACAUAUAUGAUUUUCUUUUCGUUCUCCGCCGUGCACAAAUGUCUAUUUUCGGCCACCGUUCCCUAAAACGAGUUUGGAGGCAACCGGUUGCCAGAAGUAGGUGUGUUGAAGCCGCUCCGGCCGAGAGGAGACUUGUGUGGGAGGAGGCACACAGUCUCUCCCCAUGAUAAACCUUCAUUACCGGCGAUUGAACCAGCCAUGGACUGCUGCCAUGAGUAUUCUUGAACAGUAUUGGUAAGCUGUUUGUCCGUCUUGCUACGGGUGCAAUAUGCCCAAUCGACGAUGGUAUUUGAGGUUUGUCAGCACCUGAUGUUACGGGCCUGCUUUUCUCCAUCGGGACAUUUUCUGGCAGGAGGAAACCCGCUAGGUGAUAACCUCACGAGCUAACACCGCAAGCUUUAGGCUUCCCUCCACUGCACCUCUGGGCUAUGACGACGGAUUAAACCUGCCCAUGAGCGCAGCAGGCACCGUACAGCAUCAGAACAUUUGAACCCGAAGGUGUUGUAUGGGAUUCCUCUCGGCGGCGGAGAAGCGGGCCUGAGCCAACAUGGUGACCUGGAGGCGGCUGCUGCGAGUGUCCAACCGCUCGUUUUUGGCCUUCAUUUUCUUCUUCUCAAUGUUCACUACCUGCCUGUACUUCAUCUAUGCGGCACCGGGCAUAGCCAACACAUACUUCUUCAUGGUGCAGGCCCAGGGCAUCAUGUUGAGAGACAAUGUGAGGACCAUUGGACACAUGAUCCGAUUGUACACCAAUAAGAACAGCACACUUAACGGCACAGACUACCCAGACGGCAGCAAUUCCAGUGAACUCCUGAUCCAGCCCACCACCUUUCUCCCAGAAAACUUCACCUACGCCCAGAACCUCCCCUGCCCCGAGCGAUUACCUUCUAUGAAGGGCCCAUUAGAAGUCAACAUGACUGAGAUCCCUAUUGAAGAGAUGGAGCUCAAGUUCUCAACGUUUUUUGACAUUAAAUUUGGGGGCCAUUGGAAACCAAAAGACUGCAAACCACGCUGGAAGGUGGCCGUCCUGAUCCCGUUCCGGAACCGUCAUGAGCACCUGCCCAUCCUCUUCCAGCACCUCACCCCCAUGCUACAGAGGCAGCGCCUGCAGUUCUCCUACUACGUCAUCGAGCAGACGGGGAGCCAUCCCUUCAACCGGGCCAUGCUGUUCAACGUGGGCUUCCUGGAGGCCAUGAAGGACCUGGCCUGGGACUGCCUGGUGUUCCACGACGUGGACCACAUCCCCGAGAACGACCGCAACUACUACGGCUGCGGGCAGAUGCCGCGCCACUUUGCCGCCAAGCUCGACAAAUACAUGUACAUACUCCCUUAUAGCGAGUUCUUCGGUGGCGUAAGUGGACUCACGGUGGAGCAGUUUCGCAAGAUCAACGGCUUCCCCAAUGCAUUCUGGGGCUGGGGAGGAGAGGACGAUGACCUGUGGAACAGGGUGCACUACGCCGGUCUCAACGUCACGCGGCCAGAGGGCGAGAUGGGCAAGUACAAGUCCAUACCACACCACCACCGAGGAGAAGUGCAGUUUCUUGGGAGGUACAAGCUGCUGAGGUACUCCAAGGAGCGGCAGCACCUGGACGGGCUGAACAACCUGCGCUACGUGGCCCGCGUCUCGCUGCACGGCCUCUACAAGAACAUCACGGUGGACCUGCAGCCGGAGCUGGCGCCCAUCGCCGACUAUUGA